CUCUUCACUGCCAGACUUCACAAUCCAAGCAUCACUGACAGUGAAUUGUGGAAAAGAUGGCCUUAUUCACUGUGGUAAUUAUUUUAGCUUGUCUACAUGUUGGUUCUGCAUACAUAGACUGUGUACAUGGAAGCUAUAUCUACAGAGGAAUUACCGAUGAGCCAUAUGAAAGAGGCAACAUUCUAGAGACUAUCACUGAUAUCAGCCCGGAUGAUCGUCUGGUUCUGGAGCCAUAUCUCUGUGCCAUUGCUAUGGAAUAUCUGGAGCUGGAUUACACUGCUGGAAGCUCAACUGCUACCUUACGGCUGAUCAAAUCGCUCGAUGCUGACGAAAUAAUGAUGUAUGCAGAUGCUUUUUAUUAUUCAAUCACCUGCGUAGGAGGGGCAAAAAACAUCCGGAAACAUACCAUUGGGGAUUUAAAUGACAACCCACCGGUCUUCCCGACCAAAUCAUACGGCUUCACAGUGUCGGAGGAGAUACCUGUGGGUAAAACUGUGCUCAGUGUGACAGCUACUGAUAAUGAUGUAUCUGCACUAAGCAAAGUAACUUUAUAUUCUAUUCUGCCUCCAGUACCAGAAGACUUUGGACUGAGUGAAGAUGCCCAGACGAAUUCAUGUAACAUCAAGUUGACUAAACCUCUGAACUACAACAAGAUUCAACAUUACAAAUUCACCCUGCUUGCUAGAGAUGUAGGAAGCCUCACUGACACAAUGAUAGUUGAAAUAGCAGUUAAAGAUGAGGACAACCUAAACCCUUAUUUUAACCACGGUCUCUACAAGGCAUCCAUUAAGGAAAAUCAGGUAGGACACUUCUCACACAUCACUCCUGAGGCCAUAAAAGCUCAAGAUGGCGACAAAGGCAUCAACACGUCUGUAGUUUACAGCUUAACGACAGUCAUUCCAAAUCAAUACCAGAACAACUUUGAAAUUGAUCGAAAAAGUGGAGUGAUCUCUGUGACGAAGGCACUAGACAGAGAGGAAAUAGAGCAGAUUUCUGUUAUCAUACAGGCAGCUCAGGAGAAUGAUGCCCGUAAGACGGCUGAGACUGUGGUAAUGGUCACCAUUGAGGAUGUUAAUGACAUCCUGCAGUAACUUGACCAGGGGGACUGUUCUUCACGCUUUGCUUAAUACAUCUGAAAUGAUUUGACAGUUGCCAUAUCUUUUAACCCUGAUAUCUCUUAAAACCUUGUUUUGUGUUUAAUUUCAUUGUGCAUCAUAAAAGCAGUUUGAGAUUUGA